AUGUCUGCACGUGGAAAAGGCGGCGCUGGCAAAGCUCGGUCCAAGGCCAAAUCUCGCUCGUCCCGGGCUGGACUACAGUUCCCUGUCGGCCGGGUUCACAGACUCCUAAGAAAGGGCAACUAUGCUGAGCGGGUGGGUGCCGGAGCCCCGGUCUAUCUGGCUGCUGUGCUCGAGUAUCUGACGGCCGAAAUCCUCGAAUUGGCGGGCAACGCGGCCCGGGACAAUAAGAAGACCCGCAUCAUCCCCCGACACCUGCAGCUGGCCGUCCGUAACGACGAGGAGCUGAACAAGCUGCUGGGAGGGGUGACUAUCGCUCAGGGCGGUGUGUUACCCAACAUCCAGGCCGUACUGUUGCCCAAGAAAACCGGCGCUGCCAAUGUCCUGGGUACUAUCAGCAGCUUCUUUCCGUCCUGUGCAGUAGUCCCUCCAUACCAGACAGAGAUGCAGCCUGUCAGAAUGCUCUCCGCGGUCCGGCUAUGGAGUCUACAAAGGCACAUUUACCCUGUGAAACUGACGGUAUCAAUUGAAAAAAAAACUCGUCCUCCAAGGCCUCUGAAUAUAAAUGAACAGUUUGCGAAAGCAACGGUCAGUUUGGUCAGAUCUCCCGAGAUGCUCCCUGUGUGAGGACGUCUGAGAUCAGACUUUGGUUUGUGCAGGGUGGAUGGAUCGAGUUCUUCAGCACCGUAGUACCAGUCACUUCUCUACAAAUUCCUGAGUCUGUCUAAUACUUCCCUGAAUACCCCUGUGCUCUCUGCCUCUGCCACCACACCUGACAGUGCAAUCCAAAUCCCCACCACUGCUUUCUUCACAUUCUUCCUCCGAUCUUAAAUACAUGUUUUCUUCUAGAAGACAUUUCACCCCUGCGAAAAAUAUUAGACUGUCCUUGUAAAUGUCACCUCUGGAGCAGAAGAGGUUCCAA